AUGGCACUUCCCAAGCGUAUCAUCAAAGAGACGGAACGUCUUAUGGCGGACCCAGUACAGGGCAUCGACGCCGUCCCACACGAAGAUAACCUUCGUUAUUUCGACGUCAAGAUCCACGGUCCCUCCCAGUCGCCAUAUGAAGGAGGUAUCUUCAAGCUUGAGCUAUUUCUCCCAGACGACUACCCCAUGACCCCACCAAAGAUCCGCUUCCUGACCAAGAUAUACCACCCAAACAUUGACAGACUCGGCCGCAUCUGCCUCGACGUCUUGAAGAGUAACUGGUCCCCCGCGCUGCAGAUCCGCACCAUUCUUCUCUCCAUACAAGCCCUCCUCGGCGCCCCGAAUCCUGACGAUCCGCUUGCGAACGACGUCGCACAACGAUGGAAGGAAGACCAGAAUGCCGCCAUAGAGACGGCACGAGAAUGGACAAAGCAAUACGCAAGCCCAUAG